AUAAUUUAUCAAAUUAAUAAAAUUACCUCAUAAAAGUAUUCAUAUCUCGGUAUAAUGGUUAUUAUUGAAAAUAACAAUAGACUGUCCCACUGAACUGUUUUUGUUUACUUCGUUGAUCGCGACAACAUUGGAGUGAUUACACUGGCAUGGCAAAAUGGCUGCCUCGGAGCUGAACGGGAUAGGCAGUUUGGAAGAGAUGUUUCUUGGAGCCUCCCGGAAUGCAACGGCAGAUGCAGAGAACAAGUGCGACAACGCAGAGGGAAUAAGCGAGCAGGAGGAUACGUCGUCGGAUUUACAAACUGAUAAUUGUGAAGCCAUGCAGAUCUAUGCCAUCGACAUGGACAUUAGUGAAACCAUGGGGACCUUCAAAUCACGCGCCGAAGAGGCGUUUAAUCUGGACCUACAAGAUUGCCGCAUCUUAGUUCUUUCCGAAAUGGAGCUGGGAGAUGACGAUACCCUGCAGAAACAAUGUGGAACAAGCAGUGGAACUGUACAGAUACAGUUUGCAGUGAAAGAAGAUAUUGAAGAUUCCAGAGGCUACAUUGACAUUCUUGAUGUCUUGAAAUCAAAUGAAGCAGAAUCCUCUCCUAUUUCGAAGACCGAGGACAUAGCGAGUCCAGAGAAGAAGGCAAGUGGCAAUGAUGAUGGGAAGCCAAACAAGAUUUUGAAGACUAUGCGCUGGAUUGUGUGUCCGACGUUCAAAGAACUGCAGCGCGUGUUGAAAAUUCCCCAGGAUCCACACGAAUGGUCAGCAGCUCAUGUACGGCAUUGGCUGCUGUGGGCCAUUUACCAGUUUGGUCUGCAGGGAAUAAACGUCAACAGCACAUGUUGGAAUAGGAAUGGGAAAGAGCUGUUUUCUUUAGGUCAGACAGAAUUCCAAAAGCUUGUCCCAGAGGAUCCUGCAGAUAUGUUUUACAUGCACUUCGAACUUCUCCGUCGGACGAAUGUUGUUGCUGUGGUUUGUGAUCCAAAUUCUGCAGUACCAAAGCCUGCGCCACCCAAGAGCAACUCGAGCAUGUCCUUCAUCAAAACUGACGCAGUCCAGGCAAAGAAUGCUUUAGAAAAGAUCCCUAAAGAUGUGCCGGAAAAAGCUGAAAAUGGCGAGAGUGGUGAGGGAGGAAGCACAAGCUCUCAGCAGAUUCAGUUGUGGCAGUUUCUUUUGGAGCUGCUCACCACGCCAAAGUUAUAUCCAAUUAUUUCCUGGUGUGGAAAUGAUGGUGAAUUCAGGCUGCACCAGCCUGAAGUUGUCGCAAGUUUGUGGGGCCAGCGGAAGAACAAGCCGAGGAUGAAUUACGAGAAACUCUCCCGAGCCUUAAGAUACUACUACGAAGGGGACAUGAUUUCGAAAGUCUAUGGCAAGAGGUUUGUUUACAAAUUCGUACUGGACUUGAAGAGUGUUGUGGGGUACAGCGCAGACGAAUUGAAGCGGCAAGUUGAAGAAUGUCACGUCAAUUUUUCACCUUCCGUUGUUAUAUAAAGGCACUGUUAUAUAGUUUAUAUAGUUCUAAUGUAAAUAAAGUUGUAUAUUUUUCAAAA